AUGGCGUCGACGCCACAGCUCUCGACCUCGACGAUCAUCACAUGGUUGCUCUACUUCGUGCCCGUGUACAUCUUCGUGCUGGACCCGCUGAUCCGCCCGUUCUUCCCGGAUAGCAGCUCCUCGCCGGCAUGGCAGGACGCAGAUGCGUUCGCGGAAUGGGACCAUGCACCGGCCAUGCUACACCUGACAGAUGACAGCUUUAUCAGCCCCGACGACGGGGUGCCGGCCAAUUGCCCCGGCGAGGCCGCCGGGUACCGCGUGCACAUGCUAUCGCGAGCGCCCCUCAUCCUGUACAUUGAAAACUUUCUGAGCGCUGACGAGGCGGACCAUUUAGUGGAUAUCAGACCGCGUGGGGGAGAGAUAGCUAGCUACGAGCCCCCGCUAACUUAUCCCCCCGUCUUCGGCAGCGUGAACAAAUACACACCCUCAAUCGUCUACGACGGCGUCUCAGAGCGCAUCGACCCGACCAAGCGCCUCUCGGACCGGGCCCUGCUGGACCGCGACGACACGGUGCGCUGCCUGGAAGACCGGGCGCGCGCAUUCCAGGGCUGGCGCCCGCACCUGUACAUCGAGCGCAUGUGGGCGCAGCGCUACAACUCGUCGGGCCACUACCGGCAUCACUACGACUGGACGGGGUCGCUGGCGCGCGGGGGCGACAGGCUCAGCACGUUCAUGGUGUAUCUGGGCGCAGAGUGCGAGGGCGGGGGUACGAAUUUCCCGCGCCUGCGCAUGCCGCCUGGGAAGGCGUGGUGUCGAUUCUUGGAGUGUCAGGACGGAGAGGGGGAAAGAGAGGGAGAUGGAGAGAGAGAAGGAGAGAGAGAAGGAGAAAGAGAAGGGGGGAGAGAGGGAGGGCGAGAGGGGGAGGGAGGGACGGCCAAGGCCAAGCAGGGGAUCACCUUCAAGCCGAUAAAGGGGAAUGCGAUAUUUUGGGAGAACUUGCGCCCCGAUGGGACCGGGUAUCCGGAGACGUGGCACGCAGCGUACCCGGUUACGUCGGGGACGAAGAUAGGCUUGAACAUUUGGAGCUGGUAUCAGCCGCCGAGAAGGAAGCCCGGCCGGUGA